CUUGACCACCAAGGCCAGCCUCUUCCUGAAAGCCCCGCUCGCUCCGAUACAGGAAGUAGAGGGAGCGAGCGCCCCAGAGCGCGGCGGCGGCGGCGGCGGCGGCGGCGGCUUCCCGACUGGGCGCGGGGCUGGCGGCGGUGCCUGCCCGGGCCCUUCCCGAGGACAGCGCCAGGGACAUGCGGGCGCCCGGGGCCCCGCAACCCGCACCGCCCGGAGCCUGAGCCCCUGCGUUCAUCGUCCCGGAGCUGCCGGCGGCAUGAUCCGACGGGCCGGGGCGCCCGCGCGAGGGGACCCCGCGGGUCCUAUUCCAGAUGCUGGCAAAGGAGAAGAGCAGGAGGAGGAAGAUGACGUGGGGCCUUGUCUGCCGGUUGCUCCCAAGAACUGCCUUCCUCGCCGGGGCAUCAGCGUCCUGGAGAAGCUCGUCAGAACAUGCCCGGUGUGGCUGCAGCUGGGUCUGGGCCAGGCGGAGGUGGCCAGGAUCCUGCAGCAGGAGGCGGCCGGGGCGUUCCUGGUCUGCCGGGACAGCAGCUCGAAGCACCUGGUGCUCUGUGUCCACCUCCCUUCCCUGAACGGGAGUUCGUCCGAGGUGCUCGAAUACACCAUCAAAGAAGAAAAAUCGAUCCUGUACCUGGAGGGCUCGGUGCUUGUGUUUGAGGACAUCUUCAGACUGAUCGCAUUCUACUGUGUCAGUAGAGAUUUACUGCCCUUCACGCUGAGGCUGCCGCAGGCCAUCCUUGAAGCCAGCAGCUUCCCAGACCUGGAGACCAUCUCCAAGCUGGGCCUGGGCUUCUGGGACUCCUCGCUGAACCCCCGGCGAGGAGGUGGGAGCCCAGCAGAGCCCCCAAGAGACCCAGCCCCCGGAGCACCCCCAGCCUCCAGCCUCAGGUCCCCCUCGCGUUGCGAAAACUGCGAAAACUGCUCGUGUGAAAUCGAACUGUCCUUAGGAAACGGCCGCCUGUGGUUUGUGAACCCCAUCUUCAUCGAGGACUGCAGCAGCGCCCUGCCGGCCCCCCCGCCGCCCCCUGGAAGCGGCCCCUCGCGCCCGCCGCCUCCCACCUCCGACGCUACCUCACCCACCUGCAGGUGGGCCCCUCGCCGCCCGGCGCCCCCUCCCCCGGUGCUGCCCCUCCAUCCCCCCAGCUCCAGCCGACCUCCUGCACCCCCCGCUCCCGCUCCGGCCUGCCCUUCGCCUGGUUCUCCCCCAGCGGCUGCUCCCCCACUUCCAGAGGCCCUUCCUCCCACACCCCCAGCGUCUGCCCCCCACCUCGCACCCCAUGCUCCAGGCCCCCCUGACUCUCCGAGCCAGCCACCCAUGACAGCCUGUGAGAGGCUCCCACGCCUCCUCGCAGGCCUGGCCCCCCUCAGGGAGGAAGAGAUGAAGCCGGGGGCGGCCCCCAGCCCCUUGCAGACCCCCGCCCCUCCAGUGCCUGCCAAGAAGGCCCUCCCCCCUGCCCCUCCCAGACGACGCAUCUCGGAGAAGGUCUCCCUGGAGGGCCAGGGUGCAGGGAAGGUGGACAGUGGGGCAGCGGCAGAGGGGGGCCCGCCGAGCCUCUCCAGGGCAUCACCGCUCAGCCUGCCUCCCCAGGGGACCUCAGACAGUCCUGGGGACAGGCCUCAGAGGACCACAGAGCCAGGCCAGGAAGCAGCGGCCCAAGCCAGCGAGCCGGGCAGCAUGCCAGAGCCUCCGAGGAAGAUCCGGCAACCCCCGGUCCCGCCCCCCAGGAAGAAACGGAUCUCCCGGCAGCUGGCCUCGGCCCUGCCAACCCCCUUGGAGAGCGCUGAACGUUCUGCGGAGCGGGCGGCGCCCAAGAAUCCCACGCCUGGUCCACCCAGAGAAGGCCAGGGUCCUGCCUCCCCUACCAGGACUCAGAGCCCGCAGGCCCGGGCCAGGGCCCAGCCUCAGAGCGCGUCGGAGUUCAAGGGCUCCCUGGCCUCCCUCUCGGACAGCUUGGGAGUGCCUGCCACGGCCACAGACCAGGACUCCUACUCGACCAGCAGCACGGAGGAGGAGCUGGAGCAUUUCAGCGGCCCCAGCGGAGGCGGCUGUGGCGGCAUGAAGAAGAAGCCCUCCGUGAUCCUGGGCAAAGCGCGGCACCGCCUGAGCUUCGCCAGCUUCUCCAGCGUCUUCAACGCCUUCCUCUCCAACAACCGCAAGCUGUACAAGAAGGUGGUGGAGCUGGCCCAGGACAAGGCCACGUACUUCGGCAACCUGGUGCAGGACUACAAAGUGUACAGCCUGGAGAUGAUGACGCACCAGGCCUCCAGCACCGAGAUGCUGCAGGAGAUCCGCACCAUGAUGACCCAGCUCAAGAGCUACCUGCUGCAGAGCACCGAGCUCAAGGCGCUGGUGGACCCUGCCCUGCACUCCGAGGAGGAGCUAGAAGCGAUCGUGGAGUCGGCCUUGUACAAGUGUGUCCUAAAGCCCCUGAAGGAAGCCAUCAACACCUGCCUGUGGGAGAUCCACAGCAAGGACGGCUCGCUGCAGCAGCUCAAGGAGAACCAGCUGGUGAUCCUGGCCACCACCACCACCGACCUGGGCGUGACCACCAGCGUGCCCGAGGUGCCCAUCAUGGAGAAGAUCCUACAGAAGUUUGCCAGCAUGCACAAGGCCUACUCGCCCGAGAAGAAGAUCUCCAUCCUGCUCAAGACCUGUAAGCUCAUCUACGACUCCAUGGCCCUCGGCAACCCAGGGAAGCCCUACGGCGCAGACGACUUCCUGCCGGUGCUCAUGUACGUGCUGGCCCGCAGCAACCUCACGGAGAUGCUUCUCAACGUGGAGUACAUGAUGGAGCUCAUGGACCCCGCCCUGCAGCUGGGGGAGGGUUCCUACUACCUGACCACCACCUAUGGGGCCCUGGAGCACAUCAAGAACUACGACAAGAUCUCGGUGACCCGACAGCUGAGCGUGGAGGUGCAGGACUCCAUCCAUCGCUGGGAGCGCCGGCGCACACUCAACAAGGCCCGGGCCUCGCGCUCCUCCGUGCAGGAUUUCAUCUGCGUGUCAUACCUGGAGCCCGAGCAGCAGUCGCGGACGCUGGCGUCGCGGGCGGACACGCAAGCCGAGGCGCUGUGCGCUCAGUGCGCCGAGAAGUUCGAGGUGGUGCAGCCGCAGGACCACCGGCUCUUCGUGCUGGUGGACGGGCGCUGCUUCCAGCUGGCGGACGAGGCACUGCCGCAUCGGAUCAAGGGCUACCUGCUGCGGAGCGAGCCCAAGCGCGACUUCCACUUCGUGUACCGGCCCCUGGACGGCGGCGGGGGCAGCGGGGGCCCGCCGUGCCUCGUGGUGCGGGAGCCCAACUUCCUGUGAAGCGGCCUGGGCCCUUCCAAAGGCAGUGUUCACCCAUCUCUGGCCCCAUCCUCACCCCCACACUCACACUCAGCUGCACACACACACACACACACACACACUCUCCCAUCAGGGAUGUCCACACGUCAUACAUGCUUGCAACGGACUGAGCGUGCCUAGGCCAAGAUGGCAGGACAGUUGUGAAGACAUGACCAGCAGUGUCCAGCGUGCUUCCUGAAGGCGGUCCGAGCCCUGAGAGGCCGGAUUCCUCAUGAGGCAGAAAGGGAAACCCAGGCUCACAGAGACAGAUGGGACUCUCUAGCCCUCGCAGCAAGCGGAGCCCAAGCCUGGCUCUGGUUCACACAGCCCCUGGGGGGGGCGGGCCUCGACAUCCGCAUCCCCGUCCCCCGCCCCCUGCCGCAGGCCCACCCAAUUUUCUGUCUUUCCUGGGGGGCUUCCUUCCCCCAGGACUGCCCUGCAGAGGAGUGGCCUGGCCACAGCUGUCCCCACCCCAGGAUGGAGCUGCGCUGUUUGGACCUGCUCAGCAUCUCAGGAGCUUCUCAGGGUGUAAGAGGAGACAGGCCCCCCCACCCUGCAGCAGAGCCUGCCCUCGGCUAUCAAGCGCCCGCAGUCCCGCCGCAGCUCCUGAGCCCCUCCAGAAGCAGCCAGACAUACACCGGGACCUCCCAGUGAGGCCAGCUCCAUGGCUCCAUGGAUGUGUCCAGCCUCUGCCCCAGGGGACAUGGAUGGGGCCCUUUCCUUGGUGGGCACCCCAGGACUGUGGCAGCUGUGGCGACACGCACUGUGGGGAGUGUUUAAUAAAAGCCCUUUUGAAGAUGA